AUGCGCAAGGCUCCCGCCUCAGCCGGGCACGGCGGGCAGCCCCGCCGCCCCUCCCACGGGACCGGCGGGGAGGAGGGCGCCGCCGCGCUGCCCCCUGGGACAUGGAGUCCUGCGUCCGCGUCGCCGGGCCGACAGCGGCGGGAGCACCAAACCACAACUCCCGGAAUGCACCGCUGCGCGGGUCCGGCCCGGCUCCGCCCCCGAAGGCGCAAGCGAAGCGGUGCGAAGCGCUGGCGGGCCAUGGCGGCGCUGGGCGUUUACCGCUGCAUCGAGUGCAGCGAGGAGGCGGCGGAGCUGUACAGGGACUACCGGCGCGGGGUGCUCCGUAUCUCCAUCUGCAAAUCCUGCCAGAAACCUGUGGACAAAUACAUUGAGUAUGAUCCUGUUAUCAUCUUGAUUAAUGCUAUUUUAUGUAAAGCACAAGCAUACAGGCACAUUCUUUUCAAUACAAAGAUAAAUAUUCAUGGGAAGCUCUGCAUAUUUUGUUUGCUCUGUGAAGCUUAUCUCAGGUGGUUGCAGCUACAGGAUUCAAGCCAAAAUACAGAUCCUGAUGACUUAAUCAGAUAUGCCAAGGAAUGGGAUUUUUACCGAAUGUUUGGUAUAGCUUCUUUAGAACAAACUUCAUUUUUGGUUGGCAUUUUUACUAUGUUAUGGUGGAUGAGACCGGAGAUGCUGAAAACAAAGUCUGACUUCAUUUUACUUCUCAAAGCACUGCUGUUGUCCAGUUAUGGAAAGCUUUUGCUAAUUCCAGCUGUUAUUUGGGAACAUGACUACACGCCUUUGUGCCUUGCAUUUAUAAAAGUGUUUGUCUUGAUAUCAAACUCUCAGGCAAUUAGAGUUACAUUGAACUUGAACCGAAUGCUCCCUUGGUUGGCCAUCUUCUUUGGAUUGAUUUUGGAAAAUGGUGUGGUCUGCUUGUUCCAGAAAAUGGGACUAGACGUUUGAAACAAGAGCCCAGAUCUGAAGAAGUACCAACAACAUGAUGAUAAUUUUCUAAGAAUGACCUCUGCCAGAAGGUUCCAAAGACACUCUUUUCAUAGUGAUAAAGAAGGUGAUAGAUAACAAAAACUUGCAUUAGUGGUGGGUAAGUGUAGAGAAUUUUAGGAUGAAUUAAAAUGAGAAACUUCAGAAGUUUGGGUAUUUAAUGUGGUAAGCCAUAAAACUUCAGCUUUAACUUGUUUAUUUUCCCAUUUAAAAAUAUGAAUGUGUCACUAUCCUAAUAGCUGUAUAAAUCUGGCUGCAUCGCUAUGGCUGUAACAAAAAAGGUACGCUAAGAAAAUUCAGCACUGCUACCAGUCACUGCAUUUUGGCAGAAGGAGGAUAAUGGAUUGUUCCCUUAAGAGAAAGGAAGAGACUCAGUGGAAAAAUGUAAAAGCCAAAAUCGGUAUUUCUGCAAAAACAGAUUUUCAAAGAGAGAAGGGAACAUGUGCAAACAGUUUAUUAGAGAAAAGGCAAGUAUUGCAGAAUAAAACUCUAGGGUAAUCUCUAGGAACUAUAGUUUUAACUGGCUUGAAAUUUUAUGUGAUCUCAUAAAUGCUGCUGCUUAAUUCUGAAAGCUGAAGAGAGUGAAAGGACUCUGAUCUCCAGCAUACAUGGUUGUUUAGGAUACUGCUUCUUCUGCAUUUAAUAUUAAGCCGCAUCCCCCACACCCUGCCCUCAUCUGGCAGCAGUGGAAGCAAAAAUUGAAGUAUGAGGCUGUCAGCAAUCGAGUAGUAGUUGUUUAAAAAAAAAAAACAAAAACAAAAACAAAAAAAAACCCACCAAAACAAAAAAACACCCACACAAACCAAAACACUACAAAACAAAAAGCCUCAUCAUGUUUAGACCUAAAUUAGUGAAUUUAUAGAAGUUCUGCACCUUUCUCCCCAGCAGGCAAAGAGAGUUCUAGGUGGCCUACAGAGGAACAGGCAAAAUCAGUUUCUGCAACGCAGUAAUUAGGACACAAACCUACUUCUGUGCAGACCAGUUUCUAUUACGUUCCAUCCAAUGUUUAAUUCUCCUGCUUCAGUUCUGGAAGUCUGUACCGUCUGUAAGUACUACUUCCAUUCUUCAUUUUCCUCAGAUACAGUCUCCUGUAUGUGUUUUACAAAUGCAUCGAAUAACCUUUUUGCAACAUUUCAAGUUAAUUCCAAACAGAUUUAGAGUAAGUCUAGGUUAUGAGCACAGAAAACAUCAGACAAACAUGCCGCUGCCCAUGCCAAGGUAAGUUAGUCAGAAAAGUAAAUGGUUGCUGAUUCUGUUUUAAUAGGUCAGAGGCUGACACCACUCAUGCCAUUUCUGUUACACUUCACAUUUUUUUGAACAUGUAGAGAAGGCAAAAAAAACCCAGAUUGCAACCUCUUUAAGUACGUGAGAGUUUAACACUGCAGCUGCUCUAGCAAGCACAUAGUUGUGAAGGUGUACGAGGGAGCCACCUUGCUACUGGCGUGAAUCAGUGGCCAGACAACUGAGUGUAGGCAUGGAGUUGCGCACUGGCUGAGCAGCAGCUUUGGCAACACAGCACCUAAAACAUGAUUAGAUUUGGGGAGAGACACCGCCCCCAAAAGCUUUUUUAAAAACAGUAUCUUGCCAAAGGCGCUUUGAGUAGUGCUCAUCUUCCUCCCACACCAGCACAACAGAGGCUGCAGGUUGAGAAGGUGCAAAGGGAAAGAGCAGUAGGUGUUUUAGAAAAGCUUUGGGGAUACUGCCCUGACCUGCUUUCAUUUUCCUCCUUCACCUUCUCCCUUGAGUUUAAGAGGGAAUGAAGUCGUGCUGUAGCAGAGGGGAUAACAGAAGAACAUGUACUACGAAAACGCUGGUGCCUGCUGAGCCAGACCCUGUUUGUUGUUGUAGUUGUCAUCUGGCUUUUACCCAGCUUUCUGUUCAUCUUGGUGUAUGACUUUAGCACUGCAGCUGAUAAAGUUUCUCACCAUUCUGUGUCCUUCUUCAGGAAAUGUAUGUUCUACUAUCAGUUUUGUUUUUCUAAUGAUGUAACAACAGUGCUUUGGUUUGUUCCUCUUAGGUUAUUUUUUUUUUAUUAUUAAUCAUACAUGUCAUGGUUAUACACUAAAGAGUAUUUUAUUUUUCAGAAAUUUCUCCCUUGUCUGCUCUGGCAGUGGUUUUAGUCUAAAGGCUGAGUGAGCACAUUUAAGUGUGACUAAUGCAGGGGGAAGAUUGUGCAUUACAUGUAAUGUAAAUAUUACCCAGUCAGCAGCAAAACUGUAAAUACAAUGUACAUAAAUUUUGUCUGGGGACAGUCUUCUUAAAUUAAAGUUUAUUUUGAAUUUUUAAAAA